CUCUUGGGCGGUGAAGCACUGGUGUAUGAGAGGAAAAUGUAUCGUCUCGGCCGACAGUCUAUCUCCAAGAUCGCCUUCAAUUUCUUUUUAUCCACUGUGCCACGGGAACGUUUUCACUUUACUAGACAGUACAAUAAAAGCUGGUCGUGUAUUGGCUGAUUUUUGAUCAAAUAUUUUACAUUAAAUUGCACAAAAAUGCCAAGGAACAAGAAGAAGAAUAGCAAGGGGGGCCAGCAUGGAGCUGUGCAGCCUUUCAGUGAUGAGGACGCCUCCAUCGAGACCCUCAGUCAUUGCAGCAGCUUAAGUGACGCCACAAGUGCAGCGGAUGAAGGUGGAGAGGCGAGUGAGGACACCGCCCAGGAGGAUUUCCAGUAUAAGCUGAAGGGCUUUAUAGACAGCACUGUGGACAAAAGUGCGAAGACGAGGCAGGGGGCCCUGGACGGCCUCAAGACGGCAAUGGCCACUCGGAUCCUGUACGAGUUCAUCUCGGAGCGAAGGAUGACCAUCACCGACAGCAUCGAGCGUUGCCUCAAGAAAGGUAAAGGCGAGGAGCAGAGGGCGGCCGCUUCUCUGGCAUGCCUGCUGUGCAUUCAGCUGGGCUCGGGGAUCGAGAGCGAAGAGGUUUUCAAGACCUUAAAGCCCGUCUUCAAAAACAUUUUGGCGGACGGGUCGGCGAACAUACAAGCGAGACAAGCUGUGGCGACGAGUCUGGGGCUGUGUACGCUUGUUGCAGAGGACGACGUUUUGGACGUACAGGCGACCAUGGAGUGCUUCGAGAGCCUGUUCACCCGGUCCUACGCCAAGGCGGACGGCACCUGCCCUUCGAUCGGGCCGCAGAUGAGCCAGCUCCACGUCAACGCCCUGCUGUCCUGGGCCCUGCUGCUCACCAUCUGCUCGGCCAGCCAGCUCAAAGACAUCUUGAAAAAGCACCUGGCCCGGCUGCAGCGGCUGCUGGAGAGCGACGACGUCAACAUGCGGAUCGCCGCCGGGGAGACCAUCGCUCUGCUCUUUGAGCUGGCCCGGGACGUCGACUCGGAGUUCGAGUUCGACGAGUGGGACGAGCUGUGUUACAAGCUGAACGCGCUGGCCACCGACUGCAACAAGCACCGGGCCAAGACCGACAAGAGGAAGCAGAGGUCUGUGUUCAGGGACGUGCUGAAGGCCGUUGAGGAGGGGGACUUCCAAUCUGAGACGCUGCGCUUCGGAACCGAGCGCAUGACCAUCGACAGCUGGGUCAGAAAGAGGACCUACGACGCUUUCAGGGAGUUCGUGGGCUCCGGCAUGAACUACCACCUACAGGCGAAUGAGUUCAUCAGGGAUGUGUUUGAGCUGGGACCGCCCAUUCUGGUUGACUCGGCCACGAUGAAGGCCAUGAAAAUCUCUCGCUUCGAAAGGCAUCUCCACAACUCGGCUGCUUUCAAGGCUCGGACCAAGGCCAGGAGCAAGUUCAGAGACAAGAGGGUGGAUGUGGGGGAGUUUUAAACUUUUUUUUGUUGUUUUUUCACUGUUUGUUAAAUUUGUUAGCUGUAUUAAGCCGCUUUUUAGAAGAGUUGUACCAAAUUUGUGUUUGUGUCCGUCCCUUCUGAUUUCCGUAUCAAACUCCCUCCUGCUGCACAUUUGAAACGUUACGCUAGAUGUGCUUUAAUUUAUCAUUAAAACAUCUUGUCCAUCACAGACUAACAGAAAAAUAAUAUUUAAUAUUUAAAAAAAAUUAGAUUUUCUAGAAACUCUGUUGUACAGAUGUAUUAUUGCUGUGUAUUCAUUUUUUUUUCCUUGAACAUUUUAGUAAUUCAUAAGAAAGGAGAUACUUUGUGGUAUUAAAAUUGUAUUUACAUUAAAACACGUGGUGUAAGAGAUCUAACCCUCGGAAUUUGUAUUACUUUGCACAAAUAAGUUAGCUUUGGUUAUGUAUGUUUAAAUGUUCAGUGGUGGUUAUGUAUAAAAGGGUGGUGAAAUAAACUCAAAAGCAACUGGG